AUGCCGCAUAAUUUUCGGACAUCAUCUUAUCUUAUAACUGGAAUAUCAUAUAUAAUAGAUAUGAUUAAAAAAGGCGAGAAAGCCAUCAACUCUUGCAAAAAGACUCAUCAUAAACCACUUACAAAUCAUAAUAUUAAUAAUGAUAAGAUAGACAAAUCAGUUGGUACAAAAUUAAGUGAAUACAGUAUAUGCUAUGCACCAAAAAUAAAUAAAUUUACAUGGCAAAAUAAAUACCGUAAUCUACUUGAAUCACAUUGGUUACCAAUUUAUUCAUUAAAACACAUCAAUGACCAAUAUAAAUUUCAAAAGUUGCCUUCAACAAAUUCAAUAUUAAAUUACCAAUAUUCAUCUUAUGAUGAUGUAGAGGAAGAGUUAACUGAUUCAUGGGAACCACAAACGCACACAUCUCAGAUAACAUUAACGUCUGUUUGGGAUAAUAGUACAUUUUUAACAUGCAGUGAUAACGUUAGACAGAGAUGUCAUAAGAGAUUACUUGUAUGGGUGGAUAGUGAGUAA